UAUAUAUAAUAGGUAUUGAAAAGAUGGUACAAAUUGUGAUAAGGAAAGAUAAAAAUUUUAAAAUUGAAAUUUUUUAUGAAGAACUGAAUGGAGAGAAAAAUUAAUGAUUGCGAAUAUUUAAUGUGCGGCUAAAAAGAGACAAUCAGUAAAUAACGAAUAAAUGUAGAAGAGGAUACGAGUUAUCUAAUCCGUCGUUUUAUUUGGCAUUCGUCGGUAUUGAAUAUCAUUCUUACAGUAGUCAUUCGAUGGCGUAGACGUGUUGACUUUGCAUUUUUAGUUCUAAGAAUAAAAAUUCAAUAGACCUUGUAUUUUUAUUAUUGUUUAAUUUUUUUUAUUUAAAUAUACCGGAAAAAUGUAAUCUAUUCAAAACUACGAGAUUAAGUGGAAAAAUUGAAAGUGAGAAAACUCACCACUCGUCUAAAGUAAAUCAAUGGAAGCGUGCGUAGAGGCCAACAUUAUUCUUUCAGAGGUCCUUAACGUCAAUUUAGUGAAGACUGUCAACAUUCAUUGCUUUGAUUAAAAAGAGACAUUACUACCAAUUACUAUGCAACAUCAAUCAUUGUCAAAUAAAUAGCCACGUACGAGCAACAAUUAUAGGAUUUAAUUAAUUAUUUCUUCUACAAUCAAUGAUGUUGUUUAAAUGUAAGGUUUAAAAUCCACUUUUUCAUGGAAAGAUGGAAAUAGAGCAAAUUCCUCAGAAGAGGUCAAUUCGAGAACACUUGCAAUUAAUUCCUGAACGAAUUUCUCAAAUUGUGGAACACUUCUUUUAUCAGCUAGGUCUUAAAAUUACAAGACACCCUGAAAGAUGGAUAAUAGCUUCAUUAAUAGCAGUUGCCUGUUGUACAAUAGGAUUUUACAGAUUCAGACAAGAAAAAAAUCCUUUAAAAUUAUGGGUUCCUCCAGAUUCCGAUUUUAUUCGAGAUACAGAAUGGCUAAUGUCACAAUUUGGCGAAGCACAACGCCAGGAAACAAUUAUAUUGACUGGCGAUGAUGUAUUAACUCCAGACGCUCUCUAUGAGCUGAAUGAAAUAACAACGCGCAUAAUCGGAGCGCAAUCAAGUCAUCCGCAGAUAGCUUGGACUGACGUAUGCUUCAAAGUUCCAGUCGUUACUAAAGUCCGUUCACGAGAAAGAAGAGACAUUAACGAAUUAGACAAUGACUUUUUCGAUGAAGAGCCUGGAGCGAGAUUGAAUAAAUCAGCAUUUGAACCAAGUGUCCAUGCAUCCUCUAAAACGUACUGCUCGAUUUUUAACAGCCUUCAAAAAGGUUGCUUACUGUUCAGCAUCCUUGAUAUUUGGGAAUUUGAUUCUAAGCUCAUAAAAUCUCAGUCGAAGGAAAAUAUUAUUAAGAAAUUAAAUAUGACUCAGGUUAGUCCAACAUUAGGUCAUCCAAUGAAUUACACGGAGCUUCUUGGUGGAAUAACGAGAGACGAGACAGGAAGAAUUAUAUCGGCAAGAGCCGUGAAAACGGAGUUCGUCACUCACGUGAAUUUUUCAAAAGUCAAUUUAGAUAAAAUUGGAAAUGACGCAGGAACUACCGACUGGGCAACUAUCGAAGUUUUAGAAUGGGAGUCGGCUUAUCUGAACCAAGUGGAAAAGAGUAAAAACCGAUUGGAACAAAUUGGAGGAAAUAAUCUUCAACUCUGGUAUGAGGCAGGCAGAAGUUUUGCAGAUAUUAGUUCCGCAACUAUGUUUCAAGAUGUUGAUAAAUUGUCUAUAGGAAUUAUUUUAAUGUUCCUGUAUGUUCAACUAGUUCUCUCUAAUUAUAAUUGGGUCGAAUGGAGAUUUUUUCUCUCUUCGAUAGCUCUCUUGUGCAUUGGCGCUGCUUUCUUAGCCGCGGUUGGUGUUUGCUCUCUGUUUGGCGUUCCUUACGGACCAGUGCAUAAUUCCCUGCCAUUUAUGUUAAUGGGUCUCGGAGUGGAUGACGCUUUCGUUAUGGCCGCAUCCUGGGAACAAGUGAUCUCUGAAAAAAUAAAUCGCAACAAACCAUUACAAGAAAGAGUUGCUCUAAUGUUGAGUCACGCCGGAUCGGCCAUUUCUAUCACAUCUCUCACCGACGUCGUAGCCUUCAUCAUCGGCACAUCGACUAUUCUGCCUUGCUUGCAGUCGUUUUGCAUAUACGCGGCAGUCGGAGUGCUUGUUACGUUUCUUCUGCAGGUGACGAUAUUCGUCGCUUGUUUCAUGAUGGAUGUAAAGCGGAUAGAGGGAAAAAGAAACGGUGCGAUUCCGUGUAUUGUGCAUUCAAAUUAUCAGUCCAAAGAAUUUGGCUCGAAGCAUUCGAUAUCAUGGAAUUUUAUAGACAGGGUAUAUUCCAAAGUUAUUUUAACUCGACCAGGGAAAGUAAUUGUCCUUGUCAUUACGAUCGUUCUGGCAAGUUUUGGAGGUUUGGGAACCUAUCAAUUGGAACAGUGGUUCGAUCCUAUGUGGUUUUUGCCAGAGGGAAGUCAUCUCAGCGACUUCAUUCAAGUUCAUAGCAAAGAAUUUCCCCAACGGGGCCAACCUGCCUAUUUCUUCUUAUCGGAAGUUGAUAUUCCUAACAACUUUCCCAAGAUACUUCAUCUUGUGGAAGAUUUAAGAAAUCUCACUUACAUCGCUAAUGUCAAGUCUUGGCCUCACGAUUUCGCCGAGUUUGUUGAUAUUUACUACGGGAAAGAUAUAAAGAAGACAGUCGUCGAAUCGAAAGAUUUUUAUUUCUACUUAUCCAAGUUUCUCUUCAGUCAAAAAGGAGGAAAAUACCAAAGUAACUUUAGAUUUGAGGGCAAUUUAACUUGCGGCGAGAGUGCACCAGAAAUUUUUAUUGCAAGUGUAGAUUUUACGUUCUUUAAAUUCUCCUCGCCUAAAGAAUGGAUUCCGGCAAUGGACGAAAGUAAAAGAAUUGUGGCGAGUGCAAAAAUUGAUGGAUUCACGUUCGUUUGGAGUAAAAUGUUCGCCUCCUGGGUUACUGAUAAAGUCAUCGCUCAGGAAGUGACGAGAAAUAUUCUCUUGGCUUUGGUCUGCGUUAUGGGAAUGACAACAUUAUUGAUUGCCGAGCCUCAAACUUGUUUUUGGAUUUUACUUUGCGUUUUGCUCACGCUUCUAGAUGUCUGUGGAUUUAUGUUCUACUGGGGACUGACAAUUGACAUCGUUUCUUGCAUAGGUUUAGAGUUGGCAGUCGGAUUAAGUGUCGAUUAUGCUGCUCACGUGGCUCACGCUUUUCUGAUCGCCAAGUCGCACGAUGGAAAAUUAAACAGAAGAUCUCGAAUUUUGACUGCAGUUCGUCAUAUUGGAGCUGCCGUCACAUAUGGAGCAGGUUCAACUCUACUGGCACUUUCGUUACUCGUAUUUUCGCGAGCCUACGUAUUUCAAUCAUUUUUCAAAAUAUUUCUUCUUGUAAUAAUUUUUGGUCUGUGGCACGGUUUAUUGCUCCUGCCAGUAGUUUUAAGUACAAUUGGACCUCGAAGUCUUCAUAGGGAAAUAGAAAUUCAAGAGAGAGAACUACAGACAAUUAAAGGACCCGCCGAGGAGGAAAGCGUUCCUUUAAAUAAAUCGUAAAAUCUUUA